CCUCGCCCUCCCGUCACAAUCACGGAAUCACCUCUCACCAAGCAAGCAAGCAAACAAGAUCGAAGGAGGAAGAACACACACUGACCCAGAAAGCGUGCGCACACAGCUAGAAAAUCGUUUAACCCAGUUGCAAUAUCUCAUUGAAGAGCAUCCGUCCACGAGUUCCGUGACGAUGUCGAGGCGAAAUUUCCUGGUGGCCCUUGCCUGCAUUGCCGCUGCGGCGGUGUCUCUGGCCGUGGCUCCAGCCGACGGCGCGAUCCUGCCGUGGUUCGGCAAUCGUGGUGGACGCGACGAGGCGGCGUCAGCGGCGAUGGCGACGCAGGCGUUAAUCCCCGACGUGGGGCUCCUGGCGGACCCGUUCCGGAUCCUGGAGCACGUCCCCUUCGGCUUCGACCGCGACGACUUGGCCAUGGUGUCCAUGGCCCGCGUGGACUGGCGCGAGACCCCGGAGGCCCACGAGAUCGUGGUGGACGUGCCGGGGAUGAGGAAGGAGGACCUCAAGAUCGAGGUCGAGGACAACCGGGUGCUGCGGAUCAGCGGCGAGCGGCGGCGGGAGACGACCACGGAGGAAAGGAAGGGCGACCACUGGCACCGGGAGGAACGCUCCUACGGCAAGUUCUGGCGCCAGAUGCGGCUCCCCGACAACGCCGACCUUGACUCCAUCGCCGCCAGCCUCGAGAACGGUGUGCUUACUGUGCGGUUCCGGAAGCUGGCGCCCGACCAGAUCAAGGGCCCGCGCGUGGUCGGCAUCACUGGGGGAGAUGAUGGCUCUUCCGACAAGAAGAGUAUUGGCGGUGAAGAGCGGCAGGCCAACAGAGUCGAGCUCUGAAUUCUCAUGUCUGAAGCCUGAACUGCGUGGAGUGCCAGCUUUUGUUUCCUUUUUUUUUUCCUUUUGAGCCGAGUGCCAGUGCUGUUGUUGCCGAUAUGUACACUUGUCAGUUUCGCCAACUACGUAGUGUGUUAAAAAAACAAAAUGCGAUGUGCAAUCUACAGAUGUACUCGAUUACCUGUCAGCAUGUAAGAGAAGUUCACUGAGGAAAAUAAGAAGCUGGUUCGUGUAUUAAA